ACUUGACAAAUUUCGUUCGAUUCUCUCUAGUCGAUAAGCUAGAAAUUACUUAAUAAUGUCUACAAGAGGUCAAUCUGAAACAGCUAAGUUACAGAAAAAUAUCGAAGAUCAGUUGGACAGGCUGAUGCAACAACUUGUUGAUUUGGAAGAAUGCAGGGAUGAACUAGAAGAAGAAGAAUAUAAUGAAACACGUAGCGAAACCAUAGAUCAAUUAGGCGAGUUUCAAAAAUCUUUAGAAGAUAUGAAAAGUGGCAAUAUGACAUUAGUUGAUGACUUGAACAGAUAUCAAUUGGCUAUUCAAGCAGCAAUAAGUAACGCCUUCCAAACACCGGAAGUAAUAAAACUUUUCGCUAAAAAGCAACCUGCCCAACUAAGAAUAAAAUUAGCUGAGAUUGAAAGAGAUGCCAAAAUUGGAAAAAUGACAUCAUCUGAAUCAUCUACAAAAAAGCUAGAAAUAUUAAUGGCUUUGAAAAAAUUAGGUGAAUAUCUUACUGCUGAAGAAAACAACUAUAUCGAAAAGCAGUCAUCCAAUAAAAUGAAGGAAUUUGAGCAAGUUGCUUCCGAUAAAGUUUCUGAAAGUGUCUUGUUAAUGGCUAGCAGCGAUAUAUCAAAACGAAAUUAA